AUGCCUGGUAAGCAGUCAGAUGAGGAGCCUGUGGAGGUGGGGGCUGCAGAGGACGGAAGUGAGGAAGGCCUAGGGGGCCUCACCGCGGAGGAGCUUCAGCAGGGCCAGGAGGCCGCCCUGGCGCUGGAGGACAUGAUGACACUGAGCGCCCAGACCCUGGUCCGAGCUGAGGUGGAUGAGCUCUACCAGGAAGUGCGUCCCCUGGGCCAGGGCCGCUUUGGCCGUGUCCUGCUGGUCACCCACCGUCAGAAAGGCACGCCCUUGGCACUGAAGCAGCUCCCGAAGCCCUCCACUUCCCUCCGUGGCUUCCUGUAUGAGUUUUGUGUGGGCCUCUCGCUGGGUACCCAUUCUGCCAUCGUAGUGGCUUACGGCAUUGGCAUUGAGUCAGCCAACUCCUACAGCUUCCUGACAGAGCCCAUUCUGCAUGGAGACCUCAUCACCUUCAUCCAGCCCAAGGUGGGCCUCCCACAGCCCGCAGCCCAGCGCUGCGCGGCCCAGCUGGCCUCGGCCCUGGAGCACAUUCACUCCCAUGGCCUGGUCUACCGGGACCUCAAGCCGGAGAACGUGCUGGUGUGUGAUCCGGCCUGCCAGCGCGUCAAGCUGACCGACUUUGGCCACACACGGCCCCGAGGGACCCUGCUCCGCCUGGCUGGGCCGCCCAUCCCCUACACAGCCCCUGAGCUCUGUGUCCCCCCACCCCUCCCCGAGGGCCUUCCCAUCCAACCUGCCCUGGACGCUUGGGCUUUGGGGGUCCUGAUCUUCUGCCUUCUCACUGGCUACUUCCCCUGGGACCAGCCCCUAGUGGAGGCUGACCCCUUCUAUGAGGACUUCCUCAUCUGGAAGGCCUCGGGCCAGCCCCAGGACCGUCCUCAGCCCUGGUUUGGCCUGGCGCCCACGGCAGAUGCUCUCCUGUGGGGGUUGCUGGACCCUCACCCCCGAAAGAGGAGCCCUGUGAGCUCUGUCAGGGGCUUCUUGGGGCAACCCUGGAAGCAGCAGGAUGGGGAGGCUGAAGGGGUGAGAAAGGCGGAAGAGAAGGGCGGACAGUGAGAAGGGCCUGGGGAGGCUCAGAAGAAAAAAUGGAUCCCACAGGCUGAGACCUCCUCGGCCUGCAUUUACUGGCUUUUAAUUUCUCCUCUGUCUGUUUUCCUCUCCGUCUCUUGUGAUCUUCCCUUCUACGUCCUCCUCUCUCUCCCGUCUGCCGUCUGCAUCCUUCCCUUGGUCUGCAGGGGUCUCUGAGACCUUGUGUCUCCGUAUCUGUAUCACCUUCCCCAGGGCCUGUGCAUUUGCGGUCCCUUCGCCUGAGAUGCUCUGGGCUCACUCCCUUACCUCCUGCAUAUGGUCAAUGUUUCUGUCUCACCUCCUCAGUGAGGCCCUCCGUCACCCCCCGGUGUAAUACUUCAACCUGCCCCCGCCACUCCAUUCCUACCCCACACUCUACUGUGUCCCUUUGAUCUGUGAUGCGCAUCCCCUCCUAACUGUGAUUUAUUUCUCGUGCUUGUAUUGUGAGCUCCUAGAGGGCAGGGGUCUUCGUCCCUCCUGUUCCCUGAUGGGCCCCACAUACUGGAGUGAUGCCUGGCCUGUGGCAGGUGAUCAGAAAAUGGUUGUGAAAUACACGAAACCAUGUGGUUUGCCACCACCUCCUGUCCGUGUGCCUCUUGGACUCUUUGUCCCUUUCCUCCUGCCCUUGUCUUUCUCUUCUUGUCUCUUGCUGGCUUUCGCUCCUGCCUGCCUCUCUCUGCCCUUUUCCUUCCACCCCUGUGCUGGGGCGUUGCCCUCUUUGUGACGUGCUUUACC